UAGGCAACCGGCACCUAGCGAGGGCGAGCGGCGGCCGCGGCUGAGGGGGGUGUCGGCCGCGGCUGAGCCAGUUUGUCGGCACCUGUGCUUUGGUCCUUACUCGAUGCCUAGAUAUAUGGAUAGCUGGAGAAGAGUGCUGAGUUGGCUUGAUGGAGGGAUGACAUGGGCUGCUUAUAAACUUUUGCAGUAAAACAAAUAAACCAGGAUACUUCAACCCUUUUGAGUGCUGUGCACUGUCAUACAGAUCAAGCCAUGCCUGAGAAAAGCAAAAGUGACAUGAAGAGGAUUGGCCUCUUCAGUGAAAUGGGUUAUAUUACCAUUGGGGAUAAAUAUGUGUCACCCUAUAUGCGCCCUUUUAACGAAGCUGCAAGCAAGAACAAGCAGAUGUUACCUGGGGGAAGCAAAACACUGUCAGCUCUGCAGGCAGGUUAUUUUGAGCGUCGGUUUGGGAGGAUUUUUGAAGGUGAAGCCUAUUCAAACCCUUUUCAGCUCAGAAGGAAGUAUAAAUUGGCAGAAUCAAAGAAAAAUUUGGGCAAAGCUUUCCGUCCCACUGAUGGAGACAAACUGCCAUCUGGACUUGGCAGCUAUUAUGGAACCAUAGGAGGUUCAUGUGCACACUUCAGUCCACAACUGAAAGACAAAGAAAGAUACAUUCCUCCAGGAAAGAAUUUUUAUACUAAUCCAGGAAAGAAAGGAACUGGAUAUGGUUAUGCAAAGCUUACCAUAGGUAAACAAUAUCCACAUGAACCUGAUGUGUAUGAAGUAGAAAGAAUAAAUGCAAAGAAAGCACGAGAGGAACAUAAGCGGUUGGUUAUAGCAGGGCCUUUCAAGUUUAAUCUACAUCCCCAGGAGUACUUUGACAAGAAUCCUUAUUUUAAUGACAAGCCUUUGCCACUUCCGAAGAAACUACCUCCAGAGAAGCCAACUAUAUUACCCUUCAAACCCAGUUCUCCUGCUAAAAAGCUAGGGGGCAUGAAAGGAGGCACAUUUGAUCCUUACCCGAGCCAUUCCGCUGACCCUUAUGUAACUAAAAAAUCUGAGGAUGUUAUAACUAAUAAAGAACGACAGAUUUUUCAGCCUCCCGAUGGACCAAAAAGCAGACCUGUUAAAAGCAUAAUAAGUUUAAAUGUCACAAGAUCAUUAAAUGUGAAGAACUACAAGACUGCACAGAUGACAUCUUAUUAGAUACAAAAGGUGGAAUGAAAGGUACACUUCCAAGAUUUGGUGAACUGUUACAAAGAAAAUGAAAAUUUGAACAGUAGAAUUCAAGUAUACAGGACAAUCCACUCUGUCUCAUUAUUGAGACUGCAGUCUUUUGUUUCUAAAUAUAAAGCUAUAAUAAAUAUUUUAAGAUCAUUUA